GCCAGUACGAGCACCAGGCAGGAGAAUCAAGAUGAAAUUUCCGACCGAGAAUCCAAGAAAACCUGGGAACAUGAACCCCCCACCAGUGGCAGUCCAGACCAACCUGGUCCCACCCAAGAAGGUGCAGCCAGGCAUGCUUCAGUCCAGCCUGGUGCAUGCUAGUGUGGCCACCAUGCAGAACCCGAUGGGCUGCACUGUGCCGCGCCUCUCCGUCUCAACCCGGCCACCAAGCGUGGUGGCCAGCAUGGAGGCAGUGGCCGAUGGCUCAGCCCCCUUCACCAUGAUGAAGCUGAAGACGGUGCUGGCAGUGUUUGUGGUAGUGGUGGCCUACCUGGUGGCAGGGGGCUUGGUGUUCCGGGCACUGGAGCAGCCCUUUGAAAACAACCAGAAGAUCACCAUAACAGCAGAGAAGGCAGCCUUCCUGCAAAAACACCCAUGUGUGUCUCCGGAUGAGCUGGAAGCUGUCAUCAAGCAUUCUGUGGAGGCUGUGAACGCCGGAGUGAAUCCUGUCGGUGACACCUCCUACAACUCCAGCCACUGGGAUCUGGGAAGUGCCUUCUUCUUUGCUGGAACAGUCAUCACAACCAUAGGGUAUGGUAACAUUGCCCCGAGCACUGAGGGAGGGAAGAUUUUCUGCAUUCUGUAUGCAAUAUUUGGCAUUCCACUGUUUGGAUUCCUCCUGGCAGGCGUUGGUGACCAGCUAGGUACCAUAUUUGUCAAAAGCAUUGCCAAGGUGGAGAAAAUGUUCCGGAAUAAACACAAUCAGAUCAGUCAGACUAAGAUCCGUGUGGCCUCCACCCUCCUCUUCAUCCUGGCUGGGUGCAUCUUGUUUGUCACCAUCCCAGCGGUGAUCUUCAAACAUAUUGAGGGCUGGACAGCUCUGGAGUCAACAUAUUUUGUCGUCAUCACUCUGACAACAGUUGGAAUAGGUGACUAUGUGGCAGGGGGAGACCGUAGGAUUGAGUAUCGGAAGUGGUAUAGACCACUAGUGUGGUUCUGGAUCCUGGGUGGUCUUGCCUACUUUGCUGCAGUGCUGAACAUGAUUGGUGACUGGCUGAGGGUGCUGUCUAAAAAGACAAAAGAAGAGGUUGGAGAGAUCAAAGCUCAUGCAGCGGAGUGGAAAGCAAACGUGCGAGCAGAGUUCCGGGAGACGCGCCGGCGUAUGAGUGUUGAGGUCCAUGACAAGCUGCAGCGGGCCGCCACAAUCCGAAGCAUGGAGAGACGACAGCUGGGCUUGGACCAGCGCGCUGUGUCCUUGGACAUGCUUUCCCCAGAGCGCCGUGCCAUCUUCAACAGCCUGGACACCAACAGUUAUAAGACCUCCUCCCAGGAGAGCAUUGACACCAAGCUGAACAACCUUCGGAUUCGGGGGGCCGAGCAGUGCGACAGGCGCUCCAACCACCAGACUACGUCAGAGGACAACAUUUUCAACCGCCUGGGCUCUGUCACUAAACUGGCUAAGCGCAACAGGAAUCGAGACCUAAAGAAAAACAUCCCAGAUGAGGCUCGCCGGCCUCACAGCGAGGCCUACGGCUGCAGCACACCCACUUUCGACUGUAGCACACUCACAGCAGAUGAAGGUAAAAGGAAGGACAAUGGAGAGGAUGAGAAUGAAGACAAGGAGUGUAACACUAGCUUGUCUGAUUUUCCACUGUUUGUGGAAGCUUGCAAGCCCGAGAAUGGGUUUAUUCCAGAUCAAUCAAAAGAAAAUGAGAGUGAAAAAAUACUUAAAACAAAAGAGCUGCAUAUUCAGAUGGACCCAUAGACAGUGUGUUGUCCUACAGAAGGAGGUUUUAAAUGCUACCAUUGGUGCCUUAGGUCUCUCCUAUUCCUGUGCUUAAGAAGGGACAACAUAUGUCCUACUGUAACUGUCACAUACUCAAUGUGCCCUAUGGAUCUGACUGACAUACAUUGUGUUGUAUAGAUGUAGGGUUUCUGCUGUUGUGUUAUGUCAAAUGAUGGUCAUAUUGGUGUUUAAAUGAAGGCUCUUUCACAGCUUUGGCCAUUAUUUCUCUGAGUUAUGAUAACAUUGUACUCAACUGAAGUUUCUUAGAUUGAGGGGUAUAAUCUCCUUGAUGCACAGGGAGGAAAGAAGAUUUUCCUCAGUAUUUGUUCACUCAAUAUUCACUUUUGCCAGCUCCAAACCAUAUUCAGAGGUGGAAAGUAAGAAGUACAAAUACUUUGUUACUGUAAUUAACUUUUUCGGGUAUCUGUUAUUUACUUGAAAACUUUUUACUUUUAUCCCCUACAUUUUUACAGAUGUUUGUGCUUUCUAAUCCUUAGAUUUUUUUAAAAUAGGCUUUUUAUUUUUUGCAUUAUUGCAUAAUCAAGACCAGUGCAUAUCACAAAUGACAGACGUUACGUGACAAAAACAAUGUAACAAGAUGAAAUAGAUGAGGGAGGGACUCAACCCUAUUUGAAGUAUCAGUUAGCUUAGCACAGCUGGUAGAAACGCCUCUUCACAGAAACCAAAAGAGCACUUUCUACUUAUACUUAGUAUACUUUAAACAAUUUCACAGCCUCUACUAUUUCACUUUUACUUGAUUAAAGAAGUUGAAUCAGUACUUCUACUUUUACCGGAGUAGUUUUGUACACAAGUAUCUGUACUUCUUCUUUAGAAAAGAAUGUGUGUGCUUUUGCCACCUCUGACCUCACUGGAUGUGUGGUGUUCACUGAAUACCUCAUGCUUCAUAUUAGCAUACAUAUCAACCAGCAACAAAGAACACAACUGCACAAGGCUCUUAAGAGCUUGGCUCAGUUCUGUAUCCUCUGCACAUCCUGCACAGAUCUCUAACACACAAAUGGUAAAUGGACCUGUACUCAUACACAUUCACACACCAAUACACAGCAUUGGGAGCAAUUUGGGGUUCAGUAUCUUGCUCAAGGAUACUUUGACACAUGGCGGGAGGAGCCCGGUUUCGAACCAACAACCUUCAGCACAAAAUGUACUGUUUACAUCUGCAUAGCAAUGACAUAUUGAGGUUAAUGUGGCCCUUAACACACCUUGAUGAGUGUGUAAAAAAAAAAAAAAAAACAAUCAGAAUUUAGAAAGACAGUUGAUUUUUUAGUCUUAUUCCCAGGUUGUCAAAUAACAGUGCUUUGGGUUGGUGGCAUGAAGCUCGGUAUUUGACGCAUCCUGCUGUCAGGAUAUAGUAACAGCUUUAGUAAGUAUGACAGAGGGUUAUUUUAAUAAAAGUUACCUACUGCAGCUUUAACCAGUGAGUGCAAUGUAAUCAUCACUGAUAAAAUGAUGACCAAAACUAUGUUAUUUUUAAGAUUUAUAACAACUUUGUCUUACAAUAGAUCUGUAAUUAUCCUUGAGCAUAGAACAUGUGUUAGCUGUACAAGCUGUUAGGAAAGUUUGAGAUUGAGGGUGAGCUAAAAGCCAACAAUGCAGAGUAAAAAAUAACAGAAAUCUGAGAAAUUACAUGAAAUGAAUAAAAACAUGUAAUGGCCGCCAAAGAAAUGAUUGGAAGUAUUUUAAAAUAAGGUCUGACAUGUGCACAUGGACCUCUAACGUGGUGCUGUGACAUAACAUAAGUGUUACACAAAAAUAAUGAGGAACAAAAAAGAAUCCAAAAAAAGCUGCUGUGGAACACAUGAGAGAAGCUUGACUUAAAUGUACCACAUCCACUAUGUGUUUAUUGCUGUUUUUCAUGUUGCCUAUUGAAACUUAAAAUGUGCAUUUAAAUGUGAAUGAAAACAUCCCAUAUGUUGUCUGUGCAUGGUUCCUGAGCUGAGCUGCUGUGUCAGUACAAUGCCCAAAAAUACUACCUAGAUCAUGACCUCUUUGAACACUAUCUCAGGGCUUGUUGUCCUAAUGUUUGUUGUUGACAUUGUAGUUUGAGUGCUGCACUUUGAGAAGAUGAGGAAAUAAUGACUGCACCUGUGUGUUAUGAAAAUUAAUGACAACAGAACGGAAGAUAAGCCAUAAAGAAAGCGGAGGGUCUGUACCGUACUGUACACGGAACACCAGUGAAUGAUUGAUGGUUUGAGAUUAUAACGCACACCGCUGUUACUGUGUGAGAGUGUGUUGUAUACUUGUUGUACUUGGCUCAAGCAUAUCCUCAAGCAUAUCCCUUGUUGAAAAAACUGAAACUUGAAUGUUCCUGAAAGGACCUUAUUUUGUGCUUGGGUUUGGGUUUACCCGUCAUCUACAACCUGGAAAAUCCCAAUUUGAACAAGAUGCCUGGAUGGACCUUAGUUGGGACAAGAGCGGGGCAACCAUCACAGCUGACCUGUCAACCAAGCAAACAUGCUCUAACACAUACUUCUCUUGAAGCCUUAAUACCUCUGACAGAUUCUUAAAUUCACCGUGAUGAUGUACAGAAGAAGGGAAAUUAGCUCUUGAAAACCAAACUUGAUGUGAGAAACAAAUUAUUCCAGCAGAAAGGUUGGGAUUUUUUAAAUGGAAUUCUAUGUAGUUGGAGACCUGCAUCAGCUGCAGCUUUUAGUCAAGGUGGUGGCUGCCUGAAAUUUAUUCCCACAGAGUACAAUGUAUUGAGGGAAAUGACACCACAUGCAUUAAAAAUGUUAACUGUGCCACUGAUUCUAUUACAGUGAUAUUAUGAUGCUCACAUUGUCAUUUUCACGUACACUUCUCAGUCUCAUGUUAAUGUACUCACUAUCUGUGUAUGCACACUAUCUGAUCCUACUGUUCACAUUGCUAAGUGAAGCUUUAGGCUAGUGUGAAUGCAGCAAGGACUACACGUGUUUUAAAAUGCUUCAAAGUACAACAAUGUCAAAGCUUAAAAAGAAAACAAAUACAUGGAACAAAAAAGGCAUGCUAUAUUGCAAAACUAUAUUAUGAUGUAUAUGGUGUUGAUUGUAUAACACAACAUGCUUCAGAGGAUGAUGCUUGCCAUGUUUUUUUUUUUUAACUGCCUGUGUUAAGAUGGGCAGGUAGCACGUGCUCUGUACUUUGCUCACAGUAUCUCAUGUGCAACCAUUACAUUGAAUGUAGUGAUUGCCUUUUGGAAAUAAAGAUCGCCAAAUGAAGUGCUA